UUCCGCGGUAAGACUAGCACGGAGAAUUUGAUCCUGUGCAAUCCUCUGACCACGCAAAAUGCCACGUGGAGCCUGCCCAAUCUUAGACCUGAGAUUCACAUUGUAGUCUAAGCCUAAUAAGGCCUUCAUCUCUGCCCCUGUUAUUAUCUGCGCUGCUGAGCCCAGCAGAGCAGAGCAGAUAAGACAGCAUGGCGUCUUUCUCUCUCGUCACUACCAAUGGCAAUUUUGGAUUCCAUUAUAAGAAACCACAGAUUGGGUGUACUUCUACUCAAGCCGCUGCUCUCAGGUUUUCUGCAUUACGUCGUUCAGGUUUCUUUGCAGGUGCCAAGCUUAGGCUUCUAGUUCAUGGUCAGGGAAUGGCAACACAGCACGGCAGGGGACAUGAUAAAAAGCAGAAGACUCCCUUUGUGACCUUGCCUCUUGCACCUUCACCUCUUGACGACCUUGAGGAAAGGAACCACCUUUGUGAAGAAUAUGGUUUUACCCAGAUAGGGGAACCUGUUCCAAGUGAUAUAACUCUGAAGAAUGUUAUUGAUACUCUGCCACAAGAGGUCUUUGAGAUCGAUGAUACAAAGGCAUGGAAAAGUGUGGGAAUAUCUGUUGCAGCUUAUGCUUUGGGGCUUUAUCUGAUAUCUAAAGCACCUUGGUACCUCCUUCCUUUGGCUUGGGCAUGGACUGGAACUGCUGUUACUGGGUUCUUUGUGAUAGGUCAUGAUUGUGCUCACAAAUCCUUUUCAAAGAACAAACUGGUGGAGGAUAUUGUGGGAACAUUGGCUUUUUUGCCACUAAUAUAUCCAUAUGAACCAUGGCGCAUCAAGCAUGAUAAACAUCAUGCCAAGACAAACAUGCUGCAUGAAGAUACUGCCUGGCAUCCUGCUCUGAGGGAGGAGUAUGAAGGAAAUAAGGUUUUGGAGAUGGCAUUGACGGUUGCCUUAGGUCCAGUCCGUCCUUGGAUGUCAAUUGCUCAUUGGUUGCAAUGGCAUUUUGAUUUGAAGAAGUUUAGGCCAACUGAACAAAGUAGAGUGAAAAUAAGUUUGGCAUGUGUAUUUGCAUUCAUGGCGAUUGGAUGGCCAUUGAUAAUAUACAAAUUGGGUGUUAUAGGUUGGAUCAACUUCUGGUUGAUGCCAUGGCUUGGUUAUCACUUCUGGAUGAGUACUUUUACAAUGGUUCAUCACACAGCACCCCACAUACCUUAUAAAGCUUCAGAUGAUUGGAAUUUGGUCCAGGCUCAGCUGGGUGGAACAGUUCAUUGUGACUAUCCUAGUUGGAUUGAAAUUUUGUGUCAUGACAUCAAUGUGCAUAUUCCUCAUCAUGUAUCACAAAAGAUUCCAAGUUACAACUUGAGGUUAGCUCACGAUUCUCUCCGGAAGGAUUGGGGCAAGUAUCUUAAUGAGGCCAAGUGGAACUGGCGUUUAAUGAAGACAAUCAUGACAACGUGUCACAUUUACGACAGAGAAAAGAAUUAUGUUGCAUUUGAUGAUGGUGCACCUGAAGAAUCAAAAGUCCUUGGGUUUCUAAGAAGAGCGAUGCCCGAUUUGGCCUAAAUAUUCAUACCAAUCUAUUGAAUCAUUUUAUACUGGUACCGAUACCUGCCUUAGUCGUCUGCUUGUAACAUUUUGGGAUUGCUUUCUUAAAAGUUGCCAUCUUUUGUCCCCUGAUAUAAGAUCAUUUGACAUUGAAGAUAGUUGUACAAGAAAUUUUUGGUAAUUGUCUUAAAAUUUUCAAGUGAGAGAGAGCAUUAAUUUUUGUAAUUCAAUGCCCAUUGACAAGGGCCAUACGUCUUAUAGUUUCUUUCUGUGUGAGGAACGGCUUAAAAGAUCAUGUUAUGAUGGGUUAGAAUUCUGUCAAGAGAAACCCAUUGCAAAUUUGAAGUUAGUAGCACAUUCAUCAAUGACCUUUUAUGGGCAUUUCAAUGAUUAUUAUUAGUUUGGUGGCAA